CGGAUGACUACCCUCGCUUUGAGAUCUGUAAACACACACAGACAGACUUAACGGACCAGCUGAUUUAGAAAACUGGUAGCUGUCUCAUUGUGCAGAAACUCAUUUAAUGCCAGAGAUCUGUUACAGACUGAUGGUCUGUCUGUCCAUGUGUCCAUCUGGCUUUUUGUCAGUUUACAUGAGCAGUUAAAGGUCUUCCUUCUCUGGAUUCUUCCUCAGCAGCUUUUUUCCUCUGAACGAUUGGCUAAACGAACGAGAAGAGAUGGGACCUCGUACAGCCGUGGCUCCUUCUAAGGAGGUGAAGGCGGUUGCAGGAGGAGGGUGUGGAGAUCAGGGAGGAGCCCGGCUGAGGAGCAGCAGUGACGGCAGCAGAUACAGCAGGAGAGGAGUCGUCCUGACCAACUCCUCCUCAUCGGUGCUCUCCAACCCCAAAUCAGUCUUGAAGAGACCAGUGAGCACAGAAGAGCUGCAAAGGCCAGGAGGACCCUACAUCAAGAAAACAUAUGACCGUCUGACUGACCGCUCUGUGUGUUUCCAGAUUGUGGGCGAUGCAGUGGGUUGGGGGUUCGUGGUGAGAGGAAACAGGCCGUGUCACAUCCAGGCUGUGGAGCCCUGCGGCCCAGCCGCUGCUGCUGGGAUGAAGGUUUGUCAGUUUGUGGUUUCGGUCAAUGGGCUCAAUGUUCUCAAUCUGGACUACCGGACUGUCAGCCACCUGAUCCUAACAGGACCCAGAACUGUGGUUAUGGAGGUGAUGGAGGAGACUGACCACUGAGCAAUGAAAGAAACACUGAUGGAUGGACAGUACAGUAGAAGCUGAGAAUGCCAUGUACGGCGCUCUGGCUUCUUUUAUGAAACAGUUACUAAUACGCGUGUCCUGUCUGAGGUCUUCUUCAAAGGACUGCAAGAACACAAUAAUGAAACAGGAGAUAACCUUGUUAGGAAUUACAUUGGAAACAUUCUGUUUAUGUUGAACUGACAGAGGGCAUUUGUUUUCAGACAGGCUGGGUGAAGAUAUAACUUUCAGAUCAGACAAGAUCAACACUUGUUGAAACAAGCAGCCAGCUUAAUGUUGGAGCAAAUACUGAGCUAAACAUUGGGCGAAAUAUCCAAACAUGAUGACUAAUCUGUUUGAAGCUACUAAGUCACUGCAUCAAAAAAAUUCCACUUUCGUGGCCCUUAACUCAUCAGCAUUAUUAUCUUUCUCCGGUUGAACCCAGCUGACACACAAACGGAAAUUAAAACAAAUAAUAUGUUGAUAGGAUUCUUGGUGGAUUAUGAAAUAUAUUGGAUCUAAUGGUUCAAAUUGUGAUAAGUCAAAGAGAUGUUUUUGCACGUGUGUUAAUGGUCAGGAAGUAUUCCUUAGUUUCACAACCAUUUUUAAGUAAGACGAUGAAAAGUGGCAUCAUGCGACUUACAGUUUUGACAAUAGGCCACAAGGCCAAAGUUUCCACAUAGCACGCCACUGUUACUGUGGGCUUGAUGCAGAAGUGCUCCUCUAAUGGCUACUACAUGCUGUCACCCAAAAGAAAAUCAUUGUUGAAGUGAUGGGAAAACCUCCGUUUCUUUCUUGAGAUAAAAACAAUUGCUCUUACUCCCUGAAAGGCUUAAAGAGAUGUCUGUUUCAGGGGGUGUUUGCCUAAUUGACAGGUAUGUCAGCCUAUCAUAGUCAGCCAUGGUGGUUGCCUCUUGCUCAUCUUACCUGAGCUCCACCCAGACAGCAAAUGUCCCCAAAUUUGUAUUUUUUCACUCCAACUGUGGUAUUGUUUGUCUUGGAUUUUCUGUUAAUGAAGUUUGAGUUUCUGUAGGAGGCACUAUUUUCUUUGUCUCGGCAGAACUACCCAGUUCUUUUAUUUAUUCCAAACAAGUAUUCUUCUAAACUGAAAACUUGUUGCUUUUUGUUCGAAAGAGUUUUUUUCUAAAUAAAGAUCUGCCUGGCGCCAGAUGUUUCUGACACAAAACCUUCUGAACUGGACGACCUCCUUAUACUAAAUGAUCAUAGACAGGAGAAAAAUGUGUUUAUAAUAAAGUGCUCAUGUGAAGGUG